AUGGCGCCCUUCCCCAUCGCGAGAACCGCACUCGACUACCCCAUCUGUGCCCUCGAUUUCGACCCCCAGGAUGCCAAUCGUAUCAUAGUCGGCGGCGGCGGCGGACCGCGCAAGGACGUGCCCAACAAGAUUACAGUCCUCGAGACAACCAGCCAGGACGAGAUCCAGAUAUCCGGCGAACUCAAGCUCGACCGCGAAGAAGACAAUGUCGCUUCGCUCGCCGUCGGCCCGCGCAAGGGCAAAUCCACCUGUGUCUACGCAAACGUCAACUCGAGCCCCAAGGCUAUCGCCGAGGGCAAGAACCAGCACCUGCGUGCCUUUUCCGUCGAGCAGGCCAAGGCCCGUGUGUCGGCCGGGAACAAGGCGGCUGUCGUGGCUGUGACGGAAUCCUCGCGGACGCCACUCCUCGGUGACACCGAUAAAGACACGUAUCAGCCGGCAGUGCGCGUGGCAGGCGGCCUUGGUGUGACGGCGUCGGCGCUUGGCAAGCUCAACGAGCUGGCCAUCUUUGACGCGGCCGGCUUGAACCCCACGCUCAAGGCGCUCCUGGAGCUGCCGAGCCAGGCGGAAGACUUGGACAUUAUACAGGUCAGCGACACGCAGUACAAGGUGGCCUUUUGCUACCGGCAUCAGCUCCACAUCGUCAACGUCGGCAAGGAGAAUAGUGAUCCCCAGCUGGCCUACCAGAUGCGCGAGGAGAACGACGUCCUGCCCGAGUUCCGCUUCAUACGCUUCCUAACGCCCGACUUUAUCCUCGCCGUCUCUAACCUGCCCAAGUUCAGCGGCAUCGUGCUGCAGGGCUUUCGUCUCCCCGGGCCCGGACAAGAGUCGGCACGUCUCGCCGUCUCGGCCAUGAUCCCGAGAAAGGUCAAGACGCUCUCUUUAGCCGUCACAAACCUCAGUCCUCCCACUUCGCCCGACGCCGCCGUCUCGGAGACGCAGUUUGUCAUCGCCGUCACCGGCAGCGACUCGUCCGUCUCCCUCUUCACCGUCGACCUCAUUAGCGAGGGGGAUUUCAAGCUGCUGCGCCAGCUGCUCCCCUUUUACACGCUACAGAACGCGCACAACGGCGGCCAGAUCACCCGCCUCGCCUUCUCCACCUUUGUCACGCCAAAGACGCACCUAAGGCCGCAGUUUAUCAAACUCGCCAGCACGUCUGUCCAGUUUAAGGUGGAGGUCUACAGCAUCCCCUUGAAGCGCUAUAUUGACACGGCGAAACGUAAUAAGAACGGCCCGCCGCGUGCCACGCGGUACGUCGUUGGAAUGAAGCCGCAGCACGCGAGCCCCAAGCCCCUCAUCAUCACGCUGACACUAAUGAUCCUGGCCAUGGCUGUGGUCUGGCAAGGGUUCAUGGAGAUGUACGGAAACGCGAAGCCCAUCUUGCACAUCCACAAGGUUCUGCCCUCGUGGCACGGGACGCUUCGAUCGGCGGAACACCAGCCCCCCGUGCUGAUGCAGGAGGACCAGGCAGCGCUCAUGGAGACGGGUGAUUCUGUUGCAUAUGAUGGGACAAAGGAGUCGUCGGUUGUUUCGGAGGAUAUCGUGGUCGAGGAAGCUGUUCUCGUUGGCGAGCCCGAGGCUGAGCAGAGAGCCAAAGAGGAGUUGUAA